AUUAGAUGCAUAUCGAUGCUUAACGAAAGAUGAUUUCUUUAGAAACUCAGCAUUUUAAUCUAAGCCGAAUUCUUCUGCUCACGAUUGGCUUAUGGCCUUACGAGCGAUCAAAAUUCGUUUUAUUUCAACAGAUUAUACUUUUUGGUAUUUUAACGAGUUUUGUUGCAUUUCAGUUUACAGUAUUUUUAACUACAAAAUGCACAAUUAAUUUUAUUAUAAGAAUACUUUCCUUCAUACUAUUUUUCAUAGCGUUUAUAAUUAAAUACAAUUCAUUUUGGAUAAAUAGUCAAUCCGUGAAAAAUUUUUUGGAGGAGCUUAAACAUGUUUGUAAUGACUUGAAAGACGAAAAUGAAAUUAAUGUUAUGAAAAAGUAUGGGAAAAACACAGAAUCUUACACAGCUAAAAUUAUACUGAUCACGAUCAUCAGUACAGUCAGUAUUAUUUUUGCAUCAAUUUGGCCACUUAUUCUCGAUAUUAUUUUACCUAAGAAUGAAUCACGACCGCAUCUCGCAAUGCAUAUCAUGACUGAAUACUUUAUCGAUCAAAAAUACUAUUAUUUAAUUUUAUUUCAUAUGAAUGCAGCUUUUUGCAUAGGGGCAAUUACGAUGAUAGCGACAGGAACGAUGCUAAUAGGAUAUCUUAAACACGCUUGUGGAAUGUUUAGAAUUGCCAGUUAUAGAUUUGAAAAAGCAAUGAUCAUUAAUAAUUUACAAAAUAGAUUCGACAACGAGAUUAUAAUUUAUAAAGGAAUAAUUUAUGCCGUGAAUAUACACCGUAAAGCUCUACAGUUCUCCAAGUCUUUAAUAUCUUGUUUUGAAGGAUCCUUCUUUUUUUUAAUAGCGGUUGGUGUUCUUAAUUUAAGCUUCAAUCUUUGUCGAAUAUUUCAAAUUGUAUCAUUUGGAGGUAACAAAGAGGAAUUCAUAUUGCAUCUCAUAACUAUAACUGUCACCCUGUUAUAUAUGUUUCUAGCCAAUUAUGCCGGACAGGAAAUCACAGAUCACAAUAAUCACGUAUUUUUUACUGUAUAUAACGUUCGUUGGUACAUCGCACCGUUACACAUACAGAAAUUAAUAUUAUUUCUAUUACAAAUAGGUAAUAAAGCUUUUGGUCUGAACGUGGGCGGAUUGUUUGUAGCAUCUCUAAACUGUUUUGCCUCGUUAAUGAGUGCAUCGAUAUCUUACUUUACUGUUAUGUACUCUACACAGCAAUGACAUGAAAAUAUAAUAUUUAAUACAAUAUUAGAAUGAAGUAAGUGUAAAAAAAACUAUGUCCAAUUUCUAUUUCAAUUAAUUAUUUGGUAGUUAUCAAAGAUGCAACGCUAUUCUUCCGUUUUAAAUCAUUAAAUCGUUUUAAGCAUUAAUAAUCUCAUUGAUCCGUUUAUUCGUAACAUUUAAAUUUUUGAAAAAGUAAUUUUACAACCGUUUA